AUGGGUCUUUCAAUAAUGUCUGACAAACUUCCAACCAAUGUUAAAGAUUGGACUUCAGCUCAUAUUAAAAAACAUCUCAAGAGACAUAUGAAUAAUUCAAGUUAUAAUGAAGAUAACAUUGAAAAAAUCGAAAAACAGAAUACCGACGAGCACUCUACGUUCGUUGAAGUUGUAACCGUCUCUGAAUUCAAUAAAUUACGUGAUAACUACCAAAAAAUAUUAAAAGAGAAUUAUAAAAUUAUCAAUAACAUGUUAAGUAAGAUUAAAAUAUUACAUGGAAAAGA